AUGAUCAAACCCAGUAUCCUUGCAACGUUGCAGGGUUCUGCUGCCCAGGAGCCAGACUUUGAACCGAUACCCUGGGAAGACCCACGCGAGAAACGAAACCCCCACAACUGGCCAAUCUGGAAGAAAUUGUUCCACACUGUUGUGCCUUGUAUUCUGGCCUUCGUGAUAUUUGACGUAUCUCGAAUUGUAUCCAUGCUCACACUCACGGUAUACACACUUGGUCUGGCCUUUGGGCCUCUAUUCAUAGCACCGCUAUCAGAGACUAUCGGCCGCCGUCCGGUCUAUGUCUUCACCUCGUCCUGUUUGUUAGCAUUCAGUGCUGGUGCCGGGGCCGCGAACAAUCUUGCAACCCUACUCGUAUGCCGUGGGCUGGCUGGGGCUUUGGGGUCUGCUGGCGUCGCAAUAGGUGCGGGCACGCUGGCUGAUAUCUGGGAUCUGGAAAAAGAGGGGGGUCCUGCAUCCUUGCUCUUCAUCCUAGGUCCUUUUCUUGGCCCCACGAUGGGCCCACUCGCCGGGGCUUAUGUUCUGAAGGAUCAAGAUAGUGACUGGAGAUGGACGCAAUGGCUCAUGGUGAUUCUCUGCGCGGUGGUCUGGCUCGGCGCGGUUCUGAUGCAGGAAACUAUGAAGGAGAGAAUCUUGAUCAAGGUCAAUGAUAGCAAAAACCACUCUGGGAAAGAGGAAGAUUCGCAACAGCAGCCGGACACCAUGAAGCCCUCCCUACAAGAAUUCAUCACUACGGGGCUUGGGAGGCCUGUGAAGCUUUUAUUCACGGAGGUCAUCGUGUUCUCAUUGACCCUGUAUACGGCGUUCGCCUACGCCAUGAUUUUCAGCUAUUUUGCCAGCUCAUCCUACGUCUUGACGGUGUAUUAUGGAUUCAACUGGCGGCAAAUUGGGCUUAGCUUUAUCAGCGUGAUCGUCGGAUAUGUUCUUGCAGCGUUCAUGUUCGGGGUUUUCGACAAGACUCUGUACGUCAGGGCGCGUGUGGCUGGGGGAGGCGUUGCCGCUCCUGAGCAUCGCCUUUACUCGGCUAUGGCAGGCAGCAUACUUUUACCAGUGGGACUAUUUUGGUACUCUUGGGAAGCUCACGCCGGCGGCCACUGGGCUGCCCUUGUCUGUGCAGGCAUCCCUUUUGGAGUGGGAGCGUUUUCUCUUUUCCUGUCAACCAUCACCUAUCUUGUUGAUGUCUAUCAAGCCGGAGCUGCAGCAUCGGCACUGGCCGCCAAUGGAGUUGUUCGAUAUAUAUUAGGAGCGACGUUCCCCCUAUUUACCGUGCAGAUGUACGAGAAACUUGGCGUGCACUGGGCGGGCAGUCUCUUUGCCUUCCUGUCACUCCUUCUGCUACCGAUUCCUUGGGCGCUUUUCAAGUACGGGGCUUCGUUGCGCGGGGGCAAGAGAUACUCGGGUUAGGAUAGUCUGAGCAUUUUUGGCACCGUAUAUGAUCGGUCCCCAUAUUUUCGGGUUGUUAUAGAUGGAGGAAAGGAAAUCGGAGUUCUUGUAGAGCUUGGUGGUUAAUUUUUCUUAAGUCUCAAGGAGGUAGGUAGUGGACUUCUCCU